AUGGCUUCAGCCAAGGUAGAGAGAACCGAAGAUGGCUUAGCUGUCAUUCACGUAGCUCUUUUCCGCAUGGCCACCUCUUCCCUGGCCGAAGCAUACCGCAUUCUUGGGUGGAAGGUUCACCACGGAACAGACGACAACCUCGGUAAUCCUUGGAAAGCCAUAGAAAGGGCGGCCGAAGCAACAUGGCCAUUCGUAGCACCAGAAAUCUCGCCACCGAGGGAGAGAUUUACUCGUCAAGACUGGGACGAGGCUUGGGUCAAGGACUAUGACAUCUUGACCGAAUUGGCGUCGCCCUUUGCCGACCAGUUGAUCAAACUCUACCCCGAGGCCAAGGUGGUCAUUGUACAGCGCGACUUUGACGAUUGGUGGCCGAGCUUCAAGUCACAGGUACUGGAUACCCUGUUUGGUCCGCAAGGGAGGAUUUUGACGUUUAUCGCUGGCAAUUUGCUGGGGAUCCGGUCCGGCCAGACGAUGCGCAAGGUGCUUUUUGGCUUCUUCCACGCAUCAAGCGUGGCGGGAAUUGAGGCAAAUGCACGCAAGGCCUACAAUGACUACUUUGACAAUAUACGAGCCAUGGUGGCGCCAGGGAAAAGAUUGGAGUAUCAACUAGGAGAUGGCUGGGAGCCGCUGUGUGCAUUUCUUGAUAAAGAGGUUCCAGACGUGCCUUUUCCAAGGAAGAAUGACAGUCAGGCACACAAGGAAACAUUUGCGUCGGAACGCAGCGACUUGUUUUACAAGCUCGGUCGGAAACUUUUCAAGGGAUCAGAAUAG